ACGCCAUCAUGGCGCCGGUCGUGCUGUUGCUACUUGUGCUGCUGAGCCAGCUGUCUCCCGCGCCCGCCCGAGUGGAGCACCGCAGCUCGAACCAGCUGUCGUCGCGCGGCCUGGACGCAACUGAGGCACGCGGCUGGGUGCGCGCCUGUUACCUUUUCCGAAAUGUGCCGCUCGACCAGAUCGAUCCCUGGCUCUGCACGCACUUGCUGGCCUUAUUCGGCCACGUGACCGCUGACGGCCUGCCGCAGGUGAACGACGCCGACCUGGACAAGCUUGCGCAACUGGUGCGCAUGCGCCAGCAACAGAACCCACUCCUGCGCAUCUGCCUGUCGUUUGCCUCCUCUGACGACGCGUUCGCCACGGCGGCCGCGUCCAACACUAGCCGCGCCAGCUUUGCCGCCGCCGCGGCGCAGCUGUUGCAGCAGACCGACCUGGACGGUCUCGACUUCGACUGGGAGUUCCCCGCCUACUUCCGACCGGGUCACGAGCGAAGGGACUUCUCGCUGUUGCUGGAGGCGACGGGCGCGGCGCUGCGCGCGCUGCCGCGGCCGCGCCUCCUCACUGCCGCCGUCGGUGCACCGUCAACCAUCGUCGCCGUGUCGUACGAGGUUCCGCGCAUCGCCGCCGCGCUCGACUUCGUCAGCGUCAUGACCUACGACUUCCACUUCUACCAGACGCUGACGCCGGCCACCGGCCACAACGCGCCGCUGUUCGCGUCGUCGCGCGACCGCGGCUUCCUGGCGACACUCAACACCAACUUCUCGGCCCACCUGUGGCUGGAUCGCGGCGUGCCACGCUCCAAGCUGCUGCUGGGCCUGCCGACCUACGGGCACGGCUGGCACCUGCGCGACCCGGCCGUCCAUGGCCUGUAUGCGCCCGCCUCCGGACCCUGGAAAAGCGGCUACGUCACCCUGGCGGACGUGUGCCGCCUGCUGCAGGGCAACGGCACGGCGGAGUGGGACCCGUUCGCACUGGCGCCGUACGCUUACAGCGGCGCCGAAUGGGUGAGUUUCGAGGACGCGCGCAGCGUGGCGGCCAAGGCGAGCCUGGUGCGCGCGCUCGACCUGGCCGGCGCCAUGACCUACAACCUGGACAACGACGACUGGGGCAACGUGUGUGGCCGCGGCGCCUUCCCGCUCCACCGGCUGGUCCGCGACAUGCUGCCCUCGCUGGAGCAAAACUGAAGCAGUCGGGGAUACACCGCGCCCGUUGGAUCAGCGCGUUCCUAGUGGCUGCCCUCGCUAGACCAGCGUAGGCCUGAUCGCUGCCCUCGCUGGACCAGCGUUGGCCUGGUCGCUGCCCUCGCUGGACCAGCGUGGGCCUGAUCGCUGCCCUCGCUGGACCAGCGUGGGCCUGAUCGCUGCCCUCGCUGGACCAGUGCGUGUCUGGUCCGGGGCAUGCUGUCCUCCCUAGACAUGUGGGUGACUUACGACAGAGUCAUGUUGUGGCUCUGUGGCAUGUAGCGGACCGGGCGGCGCAGGUCCGGUGUGCUCGCGCUGGAUGGCGUUUGGGAAGUUGAACAGAAAGUUCUAAGGAUACGUGGUAGUGAACUUUCACAUUACUUGGGGUCAAAGAGAUGUUUUAAACACGUGACAAUAAAUAUAGAAUGCACUUGACUUGUUUCAAAUGGUUCGGAAUCGUGGCAUCAAUUAAGACUAGCGCGACAUAAAAAACGUGAGCUUGUGCUGGAAUAAAUAAUGGACACUUUUCUUCGGACCUUUUUGGAGGCCAGGGGCAAAUUCGGGGAUGGGGGGAAUAGGGCCAUCGGCCAUGGGCCAUGGCCCCUGCAAAGUU